GCGCGUUCGCUGGAAUUCGAUAACAAGGGGCACAAAUUAAACAUUUUUAAAUGAAAGCGCGUGGAAUUCGGCGAACAAAUUAAUUUUAGCUUGGUAUGGAAAACGUAAGAUGGUCUAGUCUUUUUAAAAUUUCAAUACAUAUUCGAGACGCUUCGAUUUUUGGCCUAUCGACGGCAGUAUCACCACUAGAAGACAGCGGAAAACAGCUGGUUUUUGAAAUGAAAAGGAUAUGGAUAUUUCCAUUUGACCUUCGAUAGUGCGGCAAUGGGGUUGAAAACAAUGGAAACCUAGGUGCUAGCGAUGUACAUUAGGAUUGGAUUGAAUAGUUUGAUAUCUCUGGUGAUUGUCAUCCUGGUGGCAGCCUACCUCUACCGACAUCCGGGAGGAAAUGCUGGCACCAAGAAGGCGUCCAGAAGACCACCAAAUCCGGAGGAUCCACUGCCGCCCUCCAACUCGCCGCUCCACCAAUUCUCCCGAGCGGCCGUUUGUUCCGACAGCGAUGUAUGCAGCCAGUUGGCCAGAAAAGUCCUGAAGAACGGAGGAGGUGCUGUGGAUGCCGCCCUGGCGGCCCUGAUUUGCAACGGACUCAUCGGGAUGCAGAGCAUGGGCAUCGGUGGCGGCAUGGUGAUGAACGUUUACGUUGCCAAGGAGGGCAAAUCCUACAGCAUUCUGGCCAGGGAAAUUGCUCCGUUGGCACUGCGGGCGGAGAACUUCUCGUCGUUUCGCGAUGAGCAGGAUUUCAAGCGAUCCGGAUGGGCCAUAGCCGUGCCAGCUGAAUUAGCCGGAUAUGCGGUGGCCCACCAGAGAUUCGGGCGGCUGAAGUGGAAGGACUUGGUGCUGCCCACUUUGGAAUUGUGUCGUCGUGGCUACCGAUUGUACAAGCACCAGUACGAUGCGCUCGUACUGAAUCAGGACAUGAUUAAGGCCGAUCCUGGCCUGCGCCGGAUGUUCAUCGAUCCGGGUACCGGGCGCUUCUGGCCAUUGGGCCAUCUCAUCCGCCCCUCGGCUGAACUGUGCACAACCUACGAUAGGUUGGCCACAGAGGGACCACUUAGUUUCUACAGGGGUUCCAUCGCCGAUGAUCUGUUGGCCGACUUAAAGGACGCGGGCAGUGCAAUAACUAAGGAAGACCUCAACCAAGCCCACGCCAAGUUGAGUAGCGCCAUUGUGCUGCCCCUGGAUGAACAUGAUCUCCAUUUGACCCCUCCACCUGGAAGUGGUCACGUUCUCGGCUUCAUCAUGAACAUACUGAAGGAGUUCCGGCCGGAAUUCUCGAGAGCCGGAACUAUGAGCCCACGGGAGAUUCAUUUGAUGGUCGAGGCGAUGAAGUUUGGAUUCGUCAAGCGAUGGCAACUGGACGAAUCGGCCAGCGAGGAGCUUUUGGCGAAUUUGACCAGUUAUGAAUUGGCCAAAUCCGUGGCCAGGCAAAUCAACCACACACAGACCUUUGACCGCCCAGAGUUCUAUGGUGCUGCCCCUGGCAUUCAAAUACGAGAUGAACACGGCACUGCGCACACAUCAGUGCUGCAUGAAAACGAUGCAGUUUCAGUGACCAGCUCCAUCAAUUUCUAUUUCGGCAGUGGACGAACUGGCAGACGCACAGGUGUAAUCUUUAACAACGCCAUGUCGGAUUUCUCCAUUGAGCAGCUCAAGAACUAUUUCGAUCUGCCCUUCGUGGCUGGCACGAAUGGUGUAGCUCCUGCCGCCCGUCCCAUGUCCUCCAUGAGUCCUGUGAUUGUCACGGAACGUGCCACUGGCAAAGUUCGCUUGGUUGUGGGUGCCGCUGGCGGUACCAAAAUAAUCUCCGCCCUCGUACCCCUUCUCGUGCGCAUCCUUUGGCAGGAGGCGAGCAUCAAGGCCGCCAUCGAUGCCAGUCGCAUCCAUCAUCAAAUGUUGCCCAACGUCCUGCUCUACGAAUACGGACUACUCCAGAGCUAUAUGGAGAGCUUGAAGGAUAGAGGACAUCGAUGCGAGCGCUAUGAGAACCGCGGAUCCGUCAUUUGUGGCAUCGCUCAAGAAAAUGGCACCAUCUGGGUGAACUCUGAUUUUCGGAAGCCAGGUGGGGUUAGUGGAUUUUAAAAAGUCUGAUUCCAACGAUGCGUCUCUGCUGACUUUUCUCAAAUUAAACCAAGAAUGGUAGCAAAUAUAUAGUAUUACAUCAAGUAUUAAUAAUGUUCUGUUUUCUAACAGAAACUUAUUCAGACACGUUCAUUGCUCAAAUAUAUGAUUUAGACAAUUAUUUUUCAAGUAGUUAGUAUGCCAAACAUUUAAUUUAAUAUAUGCUAUCGCUCGAGAGGAAAAACAUCGAGUAUUUGUUUAAACUUUGUGUUACUUUAAUGGUGCCUAGAUAUAAAAAUAAUUUAUUUGUAAUUCGUAUCAGUUACUAAAAUAAUUUAAGUAAUUUUUAAGUAUUCAAGUAAUAGCCUAGGUGUAAGCCUACUCAUACAGACGUGUAAAAGUGCUCUCUGUUGCGGUGGCAACAAAUAAAUAGCGUUAUGUAUAAGAAUGUUGCAAC